UUUUGUCGACAGUACUGGGAAUACUGAGAGGGGAAGUUACAGGGAAUAUCGGUCGGGGAAUUACCGGGAAUAACGACAAUACUGGGAAUGUCGCUAGGGGAAGUUGCCGAGAAUAUCUCCAGGGGGCGUGGCUUCUAACAAUGAGCUGUGUUUUGGCGUUAUGAAUACUCUGAAAGGGACAUUUUCUGUGAGCGACAUAUAAUGAGUGGAACUGCAUUGUUUGGUCAUUUCAUCACAUCUUGCCUAUAUCGAUGUUCCUGAGUCUUACUGAUUAUCACUAUUUGGACACUCAAAUUAGUUGCUACAAAUAUAGAGGCCUGUGCUGAAUACAUCGACCGCUACUAUGCUGUAUGUUGGCCAGAUGACAACUAAAUGGACAGGCUCGUCUCGAGGCCUGCCGGACUGCGAGGGUGGGAGGGGCACAGAUCACUGUCGUUCGAGGUGGAGAGAGACGGCGCGUGAGCCCGUUGGGUUGGACUCGGACCCCGCAAUGGUGGACGGGAUGAGAGAGGAAGAGAGACGACUUAUGACUUACGCAAACUGGCCAUCAUCGUCACAGGAUCCGGCCAAAUUAGCAGAAGUUGGACUAUUUUACACUGGACGACUGGACCGAGUCAAGUGCGCCUUCUGUCUGGGGGUGUUGAAGGAAUGGCAGCCAGGGGAUAUCCCGCUGGCAGAACAUAGGAGACACUUCCCUUACUGCAGGUUCAUCCGGGGUGAGUAUGUGGGCAAUAUUCCAGCCAGACAAUCCACCAUCCAUCGGAUACCUGGAACGUCUGGACUUAGACCAGACACACAUGAUGCCUCACACUGGAUCAAGGGAUGUGGCACUUCUGAUGUGAAUGAUAGGAUGCACAUCACUCCCUCGCGUGGCCCACCAAACUACAGACUCAGACCUUCAGAUACAGAAGCGUAUCACAAACGAUCUUCCAUAACACUGAACCAUUCGACUGAUAAGACUGUUGCCCAAUCUGUGGACACUGCGGACGGAACUCUUGAUUAUACAUCUGAAGCAAGUCGUCUGGCGACGUUCAAACACUGGCCUGUGGAGGCCCAGAUUUCACCAGAAGUACUGGCUAGAGCAGGUUUCUAUCACGCCCCCACUCCGGGUAAACCUGACCGGGUGAGGUGUGGGUACUGCCAGGGUAAGCUGUAUGCAUGGAGCGGGGAAGAGGAUCCGGAAAUGGAGCACAAGAAGUGCUUUCCUACCUGUCCGUUUGCGGGGAUGGCUGGAGGAGAGGCGAGGAGGACAAACCAUUCUUUGACAUCAUCAAGUAUUUCAAGUUUCUGUGAAGGUAACAGAGCCACGUCAGUUCCAGGAAGACUUCACCUUCCUUCCAAGAACGCGCUGUCAACAGCGUCAGGUGACAUGGCAACAACCAAUAAAGCUGAGUUUUGUGAACGCAUGCGCGGCGAGGAAGGCGUUUUGCCCAAACAGAACAUGAAAGACAUAGGAGAGUUGAUGUUGAGCGACACUGUGGCACGAGUCGUGGAGAUGGGGUUUGCCAGGGAGACAAUAGAGAAGGUUGUUAAGAGCAAGAGCAGCAGUAGUGAGCUGUCUACGGUUCAGGGGCUUGUGGAGGCUGUGCUGAACUACGAUGUGUAGAGGAUUUCUUUAAACCGUGAGCUGGGGAUCCUAUUAUCUUUAAUUGUAUUGGCAUCUGUGUUACACGUUAUGUGCGUGUUUAUACAUCAGUAUAUUCAAGUCUACAAGAGAAUAACCCAGGAACAAGAAAUUGUUAUCAAAUAUUAUCUCUUAGCAUAGGCGGAUCCAGAGUAGGGUUGGGGUGAAAAUAAACAGUGCACCCACCCCCAUCCUCCUUUCUCAAAAAGCUGUAUCCACCCCUGGUUUGGUCAAGUUACAUCUAGUGGUGUACUAAGAGAAAGACUGAAAGGUCUGAACUCGAAAACCCAAAUAGUUUUAUCGACUUAUUGCAGUCAGAUCCAAGUGGGCGACAAACAAAGGCUAGUUCAUAACAAAUAUUAUACCUGGCUUGAGUGAGUGAGUGAGUGAGUGAGUUAGUGAGAUAUUAUUUAGCGUCACAUCGGCACUAUUUCAGCCAUAUCGUGACGAGAACAAUCUAGUUUAUAUCAAUAUGAAAGUCAAUAAGGUUAGAACAUAAAUACCUGUCAUCGAAGGACAGUAAAUAUACUAGAACAUCACAGCUAUAUAAAUUUAAAACUAGUACG